AUGCUCAUCCUACGCAUACCGGCCCCCAAGGCCGUCGUCCAAAUCACCGCCCAAGUCCCCCUCAAGCCACGGCUCCAAUGGCGACUAUUCCAACUCGGCAGCCCUCACCUGCGGCUCACCCGCCCUCAAAGCCAGCUCCGGUCCUUCGCGCACCACCCAUCAAGAUCCAACGCCAGUGAAGCCAUGAAGCGACAAGCCAGGUCCGCCGCGCCAAGCGACAAGAACUACGAAAUCCCAGAACGCCUCAUCAUCUACCACGCCGGCACAGGAAGAAUAGCCUUCCUCGCCAUGCUCAAGCUCACGAGCCUACUCCUCGGCGCCUUCUUCACGCUCCUCGUAGUGCCAAGCUACAUCCAGGCCGAGAAGCCGCCCCUCGAAACGGCAGCAGUCGCCGCCUGCGGCAUCGUCCCCGUGCUCUUCGUGGCGUACUCGACGGCGCCGUUUGUAACGCAUAUUCACAUGCACCUGCCCGCGGCGGCGCGCACGUCGUCCGCCGCGCUGGGCCGCUUCGUCGACGCCAUGCCGCCGGGCACGCGGCUCACCCUGACGACCAUGAGCCUCAUCGCCAAGCCGCGCUACAGCGCCGUCCGGACGGGCGACCUGCGUGCUGCCGUCCCCCGCGGACGCAUGGGCCUGGUCAACUACGUGAGGGACACGGCGGCCGAGAACGCCGGCAGGAGGUGGUACAUGUAUCGGGCCGUGGGGGGGUUUUACGUACAGGAGGGCGGCGGUGUGGCCGGCAAGGGGAGGGUCAGGUAUCAGGCGAGGAAGAAGACGGCGGUGGAUGCGUGGAUUUGGGAGGCGUUGAGGGACAAGAUUGCCAGGAGAGAUGCUUCCGGCUCUGCCUGA